AACGGCAAUUCCCGACUACUUUUUCAGAAUUCUGCUUGAGUAGUAGCGGCAUUUGUGCAACGCUUUGGAUCCGAUAGUUUACAGUGCUUGAGAAUAUUUUCAGAUUCUGGUGGAUAUUUGUUUUUGUGUAAAAAAUUUUUGCAGUUACCGUAACAACAGUGCGUGCAAUUUAAUCUUAAUCACUCGAUAAAAAGUUAAGAAAAAGUCAUUGGAAUUUAGGCACUAUGGCACAAGAAGCUAAUAUUCCCACCUUCAAAUGUGUUUUGGUAGGAGAUGGUGGUACCGGCAAGACAACUUUUGUAAAGCGCCAUGUUACAGGCGAAUUUGAGAAAAAAUAUGUUGCAACGUUAGGUGUGGAGGUUCAUCCAUUGAUUUUUCACACAAAUCGCGGUGCAUUACGUUUCAACGUUUGGGAUACAGCCGGUCAGGAAAAAUUUGGGGGAUUACGAGACGGUUACUAUAUUCAAGGUCAGUGCGCAAUCAUCAUGUUCGAUGUAACCUCACGCGUCACAUACAAAAACGUUCCAAAUUGGCAUAGAGACUUAGUACGCGUCUGUGAAAAUAUACCAAUCGUGCUAUGUGGUAAUAAAGCUGAUAUUAAAGAUCGUAAAGUUAAAUCGAAAAGUAUUGUGUUCCAUCGAAAAAAAAAUUUGCAGUACUAUGACAUCUCUGCUAAAUCAAAUUAUAAUUUCGAAAAACCAUUUUUAUGGUUAGCACGUAAAUUGGUCGGUGAUCCUAAUUUAGAGCUCGUUGCAAUGCCAGCUUUGGUACCGCCUGAAAUUAAAAUGGAUAAAGACUGGCAGUUACAAAUCGAGCGGGAUUUGCAGGAAGCACAAGAGACUGCAUUACCCGAAGAAGAUGAAGAUUUGUAAAAAAAAACCGUUAUCCGUUAAGUCGAUCCCCUGCUAGGAAAAUACUAUGCAGGAUACAUAGAUGUUAAUAAAAAACAAACAUUUUAAAAAUAA